CUGAGCGCCAAGAUCGCCAAGAUCUGCGGUGACGAUACGCAGGCUGCUAUGCAGGCCCUUGCUGAUAUCUGCAAUGGCCAGGACAUCAAGAUUGCUUCCAAUGUAGCCUCUCCCACUGGCUCCACCAAGACGACUACCGGCUCGUCUGAGAAGCCUACCAGCACGGCUGAGAAGCCCACCGGCACAGCUGGAACCACAAUGAACUCUUUGUACCCUACUGCCUCUGGCGGCUCUCAUGGCAGCUCUGGCCGCAACGGCACUGCUCCCGUUGCGACUGGCGGUCCCAAGUCUCCUACCAGCCCUACUGGUCCGGCUAGCGUUCCUGGUACCCACCACAACGAUGCUGGCAAGGUCGAGUUUGGAUUCGCUGCCCUUGUCGCUGGUCUCAUGGCCGUCGCCUUGUAAAAACAUAGCACGUCCAAAACGGGGGAGAAAGUGCGUGGUUCCAAGUUUAAACAGGGGGGGUUCUAGCUGGGUCGGGCUGGUCCCCUUGCAACGGGACCGAAGGGUUUGUUAGAUUGAGAACGGCGGCGUUUGUCAGGCUAGUUUUUAUUGUCUAUUUUUUAUAAUCCCAUGCGUACGUACCUACGCACUGGGACCGAUACAUGCUACGUGGAUAAAGCCAAAAUGUACAAAGCCUUAGCCUAAUAUUAGGCAGUGUUAUGACAAGCAAGGUGUGGAACAGCAAGUAUAUACACAAUUAUUAUCGUUU